UGAUGCGCACCUCAGUCACCUUGAGCAGGUAACUAUGUAUUCAGAGCCAACGUGAAUAAAAAUAGACGUAAGUGAUUAAUCCUAGCGAUGAAAACAGUUUGUUAUUUCAGGGUCGUCGCGCGCGCGUAAGGACCGCGGACAGCUCUACAGCGCGCGCCGCGUGUGAGAGGAAUGCGCCUUAUUGUCCCUCGCUUCAGAGCUCUGUGCGCCUUGUUCUCCACGGAGGAGAGACACUCGGUUUGUUCUAUCUGCACUCUCCUCGUCUGCGGAGUGGCUGCACUAAGCAGCGUUGAAGAGGAAGUGGAGGAAAAGUUGUCGCGGCGCGGACUUUGUGGUCAUAUAUGAAGAUCGGGACUGCGCGCAGACAUGCCCAUGCACCCAGUCACUUCCACUUUGAUGUACCGCGGGAUCUGCACCAUCCCGGACAUCCUCUCGUACGGGACACCGGUCAACCUACCUGAAGAUGAACUGGAGGAGAUUCGGGAAGCGUUUAAGGUGUUUGAUCGUGAUGGGAAUGGCUUCAUCUCUAAGCAGGAGCUGGGCAUGGCCAUGCGAUCUCUGGGCUACAUGCCCAAUGAAGUGGAGCUGGAGGUCAUCAUCCAGAGACUGGACAUGGACGGAGACGGCCAAGUGGACUUUGAGGAGUUUGUGACGCUCCUGGGGCCGAAGAUCUCCGCGGCUGGGAUGCCUGACAAGUUCAACGGCACAGACUUUGACUCUGUGUUCUGGAAGUGCGACAUGCAGAAGCUCACUGUGGACGAGCUGAAGCGUCUUCUUUACGAGACAUUCUGCGAUCACUUGACCAUGAAAGACAUCGAGACCAUCAUCAUGACGGAGGAGAACCACAUCGAGAACCCAGAGGACUGCCAAGUAGACAUCGACUCCGAGAGUCCAACGCAGCAGGUGAAACAGACGUGCGUCAGGAAGAGUUUGAUCUGCGCCUUCGCCAUCGCUUUCAUCAUCAGCGUCAUGCUCAUCGCCGCCAAUCAGGUGCUACGUAGCGGCAUGAAAUAACGAUGGCAUUCGAUCGCAAACCUGUGAACAUUCAACACCGACUGUAAACAACACUGUAAACAAAUCCCACGACCACAUGAAGACUAAGACCGACUAAUCUGCCUGACAGUGCUGUCAAUUUGUAAUUAAUUUAAUUGCAAAUUCAUAACAAGUGAACUGAAUGGAAUCUAUUAUACACAGACUGAAAACGGCUAAAAAAAAAGGAAAUAAGGAAAAAAAAUAUUAUUUGAUUGGAUCCACAUCCUGAUCAGGUCAUGUGACUUAAUAAACUCUAUUUUCUCAUUGGCCUUGAUGUCCAAGAUGCAUGGGAACCUCCAAUCCAGGACCCUCUUCCUCCUCCUCUUCCUCCUGCUUCAGUGCAUGAAGUGAUGAAGUGAUGCAUGGACUUCCAGUAGUCUUCUAGCAUCUGUCGUUUUAUCUGUACGCCGGUGGAGGAGUCGAGGACGUCAUCGAUAGCCUGGAAAUAUACCCUCUAUACAGCGUGUUGAUCCCUGUGCAUGACUACAAGGGCUGUUCAGGAUAUGCUCAUGUUGUAUAAUGUGUGUGUGUGUAUGUGUGUGUGUUAUGUGUUGUUUAUCAGUUUAUGUGUUAUCCUACCUGUUGCACUGAGCACAUUGUAGUAAUAUUUCACACUGCCAAAGGGGGGCGCAGCAGCCCUGAAGUGUUGUCAUGGCAACAUAUCGAGGUUACACAUUUACGGAACUGGGAACGAGAAGUUGACUACCCUUGAGAUUGAACAUAUUUAUAUGAUUAUCUUCUUCAAUAUCAGAUAUAUGUCCUGUUGUGUGUUUCCUCACGACGGCAAACGAUAGAACAGGUUCGUUUUCGGAUUUCAAUUGGAUUGGAAGUAGGUGGCAUCUAAUGUUAUGUCAAAUGGCAAUUAGCAAUAAUCUUAAAAUAGUUCCCAGAAAAAUUCUAGUAGCUUCUUUUCUGCUUUCUGGUCUUUUCUGGCACCUCUCUGGUCGGGGGAUUCAUUUCCAGCCUCUGCCGUUCACAGAGUCUGCAUUAUCUCACUGUGCUUCAGGGGUUUCCUCCUUCCCCAGUCCAAAGACACAUGUUGUAGACUGAUUGGCUCCUGUCCAGUGUGUCCACUGCUUUUGGUCUCGUGGGAUAGAAUUCAGGUUCCCUGUGACCUGUGUAAGAUAAACUGUACAGAAAGUGGAUGGAUGGAUGGAUGGAUAGAUGGAUCACCAUUCCAUAUAAGAAACGAAAUAAGAAAUAUAAACCUGUGAUUUAUAAUUCGCCCAAAGUCUCAAAAAAAGAGAAACAUAUGACAUACACGGACUACGAAAGAAGCAAGCGGACGGUUGUUUAAAAGACUAAAAGAACGAACACUUUCCCAAAAUAACAUAAAGGAACGAUAAAAGAUUGGGUCAAACUCAGGACUUCAAGGUGAACAGCAAUAUGUCUGAUUUGAUCAAAACACGAAAGCAGCAGGAUAUAGAUUGCUUGAAGAGUCAGAACAGCUUCACACUCUCACACACACACACACACACACACACACACACACACACACACACACACACACACACACACACACACACAUACGCACACACACACA